UUUUGGUGCGGGGCGGGCCGAGACAGACAGCGGCGCGCAGGGAGAGAGACGCACGCACAACGGAGAGCUGCGCCUUUUCUUUCAGACAUCCUCUCCUCUCAUUCACUGGCGCACACAAAGGACGGGCGAUCUGGAUGCAGCCUACGCGCAACAGAUCCGUCUGUAAAGAAGAAAUAGAAGAAGGAAAACGUCUCCGAAUGUUCUUUUCUGGACUUAAACCAAAGCAAAGCGAUUUCUUUGAACGUUUGAUAUCUACUCUGUGGCUUUCCUUUCUAUGCGGACGUCUGCAGGCAGAGAAUAACAACCCAAAUUGAUCAUGAAAUACUUUUGAAGGGACAUCGAAUUUUUUCCCCCAUGUUGUGCUGCCCGUCUUGGUCGGGGAAGAUGGGUCCACAGAAUAACCAAACCAAAGGAAAUACUUUAUCCACUGCACUAUUCAAAUUCCUGGUUUUGUUCGCAGUUGCACAGUGCGUUAACGGUAAGACAUUGAAAUAUAAAGUUUACGAAGAGCAGAAAGUAGGCACAGUAAUUGCGAGGCUAAAGGAGGACGUAUCUGGGGUUUUAUCCAAAUUACCGACUUCCUUGUCCUUUCGGUUCCGCGCGAUGCAGCGGGGGGACACCUCUUUCCUCUCGGUCCGGGAGGACGAUGGGGAGAUAACCAUAGCCGCCAAAAUAGAUCGAGAAAAGCUGUGUGAGAAAAACCUCAACUGCUCUAUCGAGUUCGACGUGGUUACGCUGCCCACAGAGUAUCUCCAGCUCUUCCACGUGGAAGUGGAAGUGUUGGACAUCAACGACAACUCUCCGCACUUCUCUCGCGCCAUCAUCCCAAUCGAGAUCUCGGAGAGUGCGUCGGUAGGGACGCGGGUGCCGCUGGACGGCGCCACGGACCCGGACACGGGAGAAAACGCGCUACACACCUAUUCCUUGACCACCAAUAACUUUUUCAAAAUCGACGUGAGGACGAGAACGGAUGGGGCUAAGUAUGCGGAGUUGGUAGUGAUGCGAGAUUUAGACCGCGAAGUUCAGUCCAGCUACCAGCUCCAAUUGACGGCCUCUGAUAACGGCGUUCCUCCAAAAUCGGGUUCGACUUUGCUCAAGAUCAGCAUCUCCGAUUCCAACGACAACAGCCCCGCUUUCGAUGAGCAAGCUUAUGUAAUCGAUUUCCUGGAGAAUUCUCCCCUGGGAACUCUGAUCAUUGAUUUGAACGCCACGGACCCAGACGAGGGAACCAAUGGUAAAAUCGUUUACUCUUUCAGCAGCCACGUCUCCCCAAAGAUAUUGGGAACAUUUAAGAUUAACCCGGAAAAUGGUCACAUUACGCUUAUCAGAAAGGUGGACUAUGAAACAACGUCUUCCUAUGAGCUGGACGUGCAGGCUCAGGACAUGGGUCCAAAUUCAAUUCCAGGACUUUGCAAAAUAGUAGUGAAAGUGGUCGACGUGAACGACAACAAACCCGAGAUCAACAUCAACCUGAUGACGACGGGGAAAGAGGAGGUGGCCUACAUCUCAGAGGGGGCGCCCGUGGACACCUUCAUAGCGCUGGUGCGCGUGCACGACAGCGACACGGGAGCCAACGGAGAGGUGACGUGCCGUCUGCACGGCCACGGCCACUUCCGGCUGCAGAAGACCUACGAGAACAACUACAUGAUCCUCACCAACGUGUCCCUGGACCGGGAGAAGCGCUCAGAGUACAGCCUGACGGUGAUCGCCGAGGACCGCGGCUCCUCCAGCCUCUCCACCAUCAAACACUUCACCGUCCAGGUGCUGGACGAGAACGACAACCCGCCCCGCUUCGAGAAGAGCCGCUACGAGGUGUUCAAGUCGGAGAACAACUCCCCCGGGGCCUACCUGAUGACGGUGGUGGCGUCCGACCCCGACCUGGGCACCAACGGCCAGGUCACCUACACCGUGGCCGACGCCAUGGUCCAGGGCAGCCCCAUCUCCACCUACGUCACCGUCGACCCCUCCAACGGGGCCGUCUACGCCCUGCGCAGCUUCGACCACGAGGACGUGAGCCGCGUGGCCUUCACCGUGCAGGCGCGGGACGGCGGGAACCCCCCGCUGAGCGCCAACGCCACCGUGCUGCUGUCGGUGCUGGACGAGAACGACAACGCGCCCGUGGUGCACGCCCCCCCGCUGCGGAACCACACGGCCGAGCUGCGCCUGUGGCGGUACGCCUCGCCGGGCCAGCUGGUCACCGCCAUCAAGGCCUCGGACCGCGACGCCGGCGCCAACGGCGAGCUGAGCUGCGCCAUCACGGGGGGCAACGAGGACGGGCUGUUCGCGAUGGACGCGCGGCGCUGCGAGCUGCGCACCAACGCCAGCCUGGAGCAGGUGGCCAAGGAGGUGCUGGAGCUCCGGGUGGAGGUGCAGGACCGUGGCACCCACCGGCUGGCGACCGGCGCCGUGCUCCGGCUGACCCUGCGGGACACGGCCGAGGCGCCCCCGGCGGCGUCGGACCCCACCAGCUCCAGCCAGCCCGCCCUGGACCUCUCGCUCAUCGUCAUCAUCUCGCUGGGCGCCGUGUGCGCCCUGCUGCUCGCCGUCAUGGUGAUGUUCGCCACGGCCCGCUGCAACCGCGAGAAGAAGGACCCGCGCCACAACUACAACUGCCGCGCCGCCGAGAGCAGCUACCAGCACCACCCCAAGAAGCCCGCCCGGCAGAUCCACAAGGGGGAGAUCACGCUGGUGCCCACCGUCAACGGGACGCUGCCCGUGCGAGCCCACCCGCACUCUCCCGCCGCCUCCCCCGCCCCGGGGGACCGGGGCGCCUUCGGGAGCCGGGGGAGUCACCACAGCCGGCAGUCCCUCAACAGCCUAGUAACCAUCUCCUCCAAUCACGUGCCGGAACAGUUUGCGCUGGAGCUGGCUCAUGCCACCCCCCCCGUUGAGCAAGUCUCACAGCUUCUGUCCAUGCUCCAUCAGGGCCAGUACCAGCCAAGACCUAACUUCAGAGGCAACAAAUACACAAGGAGCUAUAGAUACGCGCUGAAUGAGAUGGAUAAGUUUAGCCUGAAGGACAGCGGUCGUGGGGACAGCGAGGCGGGCGACAGCGACUACGAGCCCGGCAGAGAAUCUCCAAUGGACCGCCUCUUGGGUGAGGGCUUUUCUGAGCUGUACGCCCCUGACGGCCACCAGCACAGAACGCAUGCAGCCAUGCGGCUGUGCACAGAGGAGUGCCGGGUCCUCGGCCACUCGGACCAGUGUUGGAUGCCCCCGCUGGCCUCGCCCGCCGCCGCCGCCGCCGCCUCGGACUACCGGAGCAACCUGUACAUCCCCGGGGAGGAGGCGCCCGCCCGGCCCGCCCUGGAGAAGACCCCGCAGCCCUGUACCGACGCCGGGCCGGCCCGGGGCCACCAGAGCUUCAGCACCUUCGGCAAGGACACCGAGGGGGACGAGGCGGGGGAGGCGGGGGAGGCGGGGGAGGGCCGUCGGGCGGCCGGCGGCGGGGGGGAGGGUGCGGAGGAGGAGGAGGACCUGUGCGGCACGGGCUCGCUGCUGUCGGAGAUGAGCAGCGUGUUCCAGCGGCUGCUGCCCCCGUCGCUGGACGCCUACGCCAAGGCGAGCGAGGGCCAGAGGGCAACCAGCGUGAGCGGCGUGGGGGUGCCCAUGACGGGCUCCCUGGACCGCAAGAGGGGCCCCCUCCCGGGGAAGCCCAGCGCCUCGGUGCACCAGCAGGGGGUGGCGGCCUGGGCGGCCAACACCCACUUCCAGAACCCCGGGGGCAACGUGGGGCUGCAGGGUCAGCACCACCACCACCCCCACCACCACCACCUCCACCUGCACCACCUCCCUCACCACAACGGCAGCUACCACACGCUGAAGCCCAGCGCCAAGCUCUCGGGCUCGCAGGGCGGCCCCCACAAGGGCUCCCAGGCGCCGAAAAACAGCCCCCAGAACCACGCCGGCGCCGGGCCCCUGGUCCCUGUGGCGUCGGUGAGCCUGGGGGCCCCCGCCCAGCAGCAGCAGCCCCCCCCGGCGGCCCUGGGGCCCGCAACGGCCUCGGCGCCCCCGCCGGGACCCUCGUCCAAGUGGCUCCCCGCCAUGGAGGAGAUCCCGGAGAACUUUGAGGAGGACGACUUUGAGGCGGCGCUGGGCCAGCUGCAGGGGAAGCACAGCGACAGCCGCCACGAGCUGAUGGACGCCAGCGAGCUGGUGGCCGAGAUCAACAAGCUGCUGCAGGACGUCCGGCAGAGCUAGGCCCCGGGAGAGACCCCGGUAGCUGGGCCCCGGGGGGCCCCCCAGAGAGACCCUGAUAGCUAGGCCUUGAGUACCAAGAGAGACCCUGAAAGCUUGGCCGGGGGGCCCCUAAGAGAGACCCUGAAAGCUUGGCCGGGAGGCCCUCCAGAGAGAACAUGAUAGCUAGGCCCUUGGCCCCCAGAGAGACCCUGAUGGCUUGGCCCUGGGGCCAAGAGAGAGAGAGAGAGACCCUCAUCAUGAAUAUUUAAUACUUAUAUUAGGCUCCGCCCUGUUAGGGCGGGGUCCUGCCAUAUUUAUCGUGACCAAGUCGUUUAUUUGGCCGAAAAAAAGAAUGAAGAAAUUAAGUCAGAAAUGAAGACCUGCAAUUGUCGUUAAAGUUGCAUUUCUAAUAUAAUUGUGUUUUGUGAAUGCUAAAUAUCCCAAAAAAAUGUUUGUAUUUGCUUGUUUGGUACACAAUGUACACUCUGUGACUGUAUUUAUCUUUGUAUUUUAAAAAUACAUUUGUUUACUUAUAUUUAUAAAAAGAAAUGUAUAUAAACAUAAUCAGAAGUCUAUUUUUAUAUAUUGAUUGCAUGAUAAGUACUAAGUAAAUCAAUACUUUGACAUGCGAUUGACAUUCUCCAUAUUUAAAAAUGUAUUUUGUAUUGUGAAUCUUUUUUAAUCGUCACUAUAUGUACACAACAAUAUAUUAAUUAUUGAAAACCAUGUCUUUGUGGAAUAAUGUUGGGAAGUAAAGGUUCAAAAAUAAAAGACACAAGUGAAACUGAU